ACGGCCGAGUUGUUGAGUCCAAGGUAGUUGUCAAGCCGCUUUCGAUUGGCAUUAGAAAAGUCCGUGGAUUUACUUAAAGCUCCAUCCGAGGUGUGGAGAAAAAAAAGCUCCAAAUGUCCCAGUGAAGAAAAGAAGCGCGACAAUAAAGGGGGUUGAAGAAAUAAGAAAAAUUUUGUUCUUGUUUAUAAUUAUGGAGCUGAAGGUGGAGGAUGAGAAUGGUACUGAGAGGCAAAUGUUCCUGGUUGGAAGUCCUCGUGAUCCAUUGGUGUCGACGGGGGCAAUUGUUGCAACCGGUGCCGAAGAAAUCAGUCCUGGUGAUCUCCAGUCGAGCGCUCUCGCCGGUCUAAUGGGAGCGCAAUCUUCCUCCGUUUGCUUCCCAGCGAAAUUCACAUACGAUUUUUCACAAAGUCCGAUAAGUGAAGAGCGUCAAACUCCUGGCGCUGUUGGAAAAAGAAAGCAGCGAAGAUAUCGAACGACUUUUACGAAUUUUCAACUCGAGGAACUGGAACGUGCCUUUCAUAAAACUCAUUAUCCGGAUGUAUUCUUCAGAGAAGAACUUGCACUCAGGAUUCAACUCACUGAAGCAAGAGUUCAGGUAUGGUUUCAAAAUCGACGAGCGAAAUGGCGAAAACAGGAGAAGCAAUGCAAGGGGAAUCACUUGGGUCCACAUUUAGGUCCAAAUGAAUGUCAAGAUGUUCAACAGCAACAACAACAAGAUCAUUUAUUACUAGAACCCCCAUUGGGAAGUCCACCACCAAUUUAUCUUGGUAUGGAAUGGGCUGGAUUCUCUCCAUACACCAAUAAUUCCUCGUCUCCUUUAAUUGUAAAUGGCAUAAAUAAACCUCCUGAUUCUGAUGACAGUCCACUGUUAGAUCCAGAAUUGCUUCAAUUAAAACCGCCUCGAAAUUAAUAAAAAAAAAAGUAAUUCCUCUCCCUCUCCCUUCCUCCCCAAUCGAACCAAUCCCCUUCCAGUCCAUCUCAGACACGUGAUAUUAUUUAACAAUUCACUUAGAUAAUACUUAUUAGCACAUAAAUGAAAAAUUUACUUAAUCAUUUAUAGUUUUAACGAUUUAACGUUAAAUUAAUAUAUAUUGAUGUUGUAAAACCAUUUUCGAUUUAUUGUCUUUCAUUAAGUUUAGAAUUCUAUGUACAUUUCUAGUUUAUGUAGACUUUUUUCUAAAAAAAAAAUACACAUUUGUUCGAAUAUUUUGUGUUUUUUUCUUAGUGUGAAGAUUUUUUUUUCUGAUAGUUUAUCAUUUUUUCUUCUUCAAUUUAAUUCUUAUUCCAAUUCAAAAUUAAGAUAAUUCACAUAUAGAUCCGGCAAGAGUCCUGGUGCAGGCUUGUGAACUAACUAAAAAAUAUUUUUACGAAAUCAAAAAACACUAAAUUCACGUGAGAAGAGAAUAUCAGCUCGAUUAUUAUUAUAAUUAAUAGUAAUUAAAUUAAAUUAUUACUAAUAUAAUUUCUAAGCAAAAAAAUAAAGAAAUUGAUGUAAAAUAGUAACUUUAUCUUUAUUCGGUGUGCAUAUAUUACAUUUCUGUUAAUCGACUAAUCAUCGUAUAUUAAUCAACUGGUUUUAGAAUCGACAACGUGAUUCAAUGUCGUCCCACUCGAAACGCUUAGCGUUCAAAUUAUAACUGCAUUAAUUUUUUUUUUUCAUUUAAAAAAAAAGAACAUCAAUUUUAAAAAAAAAUAGAAAAUCCCUCUUUUCUUCAAUGUGAACAUUUUUUCUUUUUCUUUCAAUAAAAUACAUAAAUCUCUAUUACCAUAAUAAAAAAAAAAAAAUUGUAAUAUUUUUACAAUCAAUAAACACUUCUCGAUUGUCUCGGAUUUUCAUUCAAAA